GAGUAUUCAAGAAGCCACAAAUCACAUUCACAAGAUGAUUAUCCAAGAAGCCGCAGAGCACAUUUACGAGAUCAAAGUAAUCGACAGUCACAUUCGCGGGAUGAUUAUCCAAGUAAUCGACGAUCACAUUCGUAGGGUCAUCAAAGUCAUCAUCAUUGAUAUAGGUGAAAUGGGUCUCGACAUAAAUGAAAUUCAGAUCACAAAGAAUCUCAACAUGGUCGUAGAAGUCAACGUUUUCAAUUUGUAUUAG